CGAGCGAACCAGCCUCUUUCUCGUCUUGUUGUCAAGUGCAAGUCCACGUGCCAGCUAACCUUCGCCAAGCGCGCAUGCGUAACAACUCUCAACUGGUCUUUGGCAUUCCCAUGCAGCUCGUCUCUUCUCUUCGCAUUUUUUUCAAUUAAAUGUAGCCCACAUAAACCUGGCCGGCCAAUCUCUUCUCCAUCGCUGACGUACCUGCCCAUGCCAAUGCUUUAACUUGUUUUAUCUCCGCCAACAACCAAAAGCUGCCAGUAUGGCGUUCAACGGGUCGUAUACAGCGACGCUGAGUCCCACCGCCUCGGAAGGCUUUGACUCUUCUGUGCUCCGGAACUCCAUCUCGUCGCUAUCGUCGUCUGCGUCCUCGCGCCAUUCAGCGUCGCGCAUUUCGAGAACUUACCGCCAGUCGUCGCAGCUGUUUUUGACGCGUCGCCUACCCGAGGCCUUGUCCACGGUUCUGCCAUUGAUCACCCCAGCUACCGAGGAAAACGGAGAGACAGAACCAGCGCCCGUUGCGAGAUCAUCGAGGUCGACGAGGAUCAAGGUCUGGAGUCUGUAUCUCACCAUCUUGAACGCGAUCCUCGAGCUGGAUCCGGCCGAGGGAAAGGACGCCUUUGGUACGCAGGAGUGGAAGGCGCUGUGCAGCAAGGUGCGGGACGGAGAUGUGUGGCAAGAGGUGGUCAACAACGGCUACCACGGAGUGGAGGGCGAGGUCGACUCGGAUGUGGUCAUAAACUUAGCCACACUGCUGCUGGCGCAUGCUCGCACGCAAGAAAUGAACCAGAAGCGGUUGGAAACGUACUUGGCGGUAUCCCAGGAGCCAAAUCUGGACCUUUCGGAGAGACUGCAAGAUGCGCAGUCGCCGCGGCUGUCCUCGAAAAGCCGGAGAUCAACGUCCAAGUCCAAGGGGACUAGCGGUGCUGACACGCCGCGGGAUCUCAACGCAAGGGUGAAGAUUCUGGAACUAUAUACUCUCCAUGUGCUUCUCAGAAACAACGAGUGGGAUUACGCCCGGGAAUUCAUCAGCGUCUCGUCGGUAUUGGACGAGGAGCGAAAAGAAGCGUUCCUCCAGGCGCUUCAGAGUCUCCAAGAAGAGCAGCAGGAGCAAGAGCGGAGGGAAACCGAGGAGAAGCAACGCCAGGACGACCAGCUGCGGAAAGAUCUUGACGAGGCAAGACAGCUAAGAGCCGACAACGAAGCAAGAGAACGAAAGCGAAUCGAGGAAGAACGAGCUCGGCGGGCAGGCAGCGAGGUCGAUUACGGAAUCGAAGACAGCACUCAUGGCCCUGUCGGAUCCAGUAAGGGCAGACUUACACGAUCCGGAUCAUCGGCAUUACCCAAACCCAAAUCUUCGAUUGCUAAUGGCAAGGCCGUGGCCUCGUCGUCUCUCUCUGCACGAGUUACCACGAUAAUGUCAAAUUUGAGCGUGGUCAUCCGACAGAUGACCGCAUCACUGCGGACAAAUCCAGCCCUGUUGAUGCGAUUAGUUGCAUUCAUUGCUGGACUCGUCAUAAUGUUUGGUAACAAGAGAAUACGGGAGCGGAUCACUCGUACCCUGGCGGCGGGCUGGGACAAAGUCAAGACCACCGCGGGCAUGGGGGUCAAGGUCAGCUACAUUUAAUGCCCACCUUGAAUGGUGGAUACAUGGCUCUGUAACUACUUGUACAUAUUUAUUGUUUGUAUUUACGAAGCAUGCACGAGGCGCAAGUGGGAUUCACGGAGCGGCGGUUUGGGCUACGAAAUGGUUAU